UAAAUAUUGAUUCAGACCGCCGGGGAAGUUCCAUGGUAGCAAAGGGAAGGUUUCGAGAAGAAGGGUUUUAUUUUGAUAUUGAGGUGGAAAAUGAUUAUCCACUUCCGCCUUAGAGGUGUAUCGUUUCUACUGUCCAAUCCACCCCAAAAUUGGAGGAUUACUGUGAAAAGCUUUGCAACCCAACUCUCCCUUCUUCAACAUGCUUCACUCUCAUUCAGAUUCUUCUCUUCAUCGUCAACAUCCCCAUCCUCCCCAAAUCCCAACCAAUACUCUUUUACAGUGUCUUACCUCACCAACUCAUGUGGGUUGUCCCCACAAUCUGCUCUCUCCGCUUCCCAAAAGCUUCGCUUGGUAACCCCAGAAAGGCCCGACUCUGUCCUCACGCUCCUCAGAAACUAUGGGAUCACCGACGCUCAACUUCCCAAACUCCUAAGAGUAUUUCCAUCCUUGCUUUUGGCUGAUCCUGAGAAAACCCUUUUGCCCAAACUCGAGUUUUUGCAUUCUAAAGCUUUUACAAGGGCCGACCUUGGGAGGAUCCUCUCUUCCUGUCCACUGAUCUUGUCACGUAGCUUGGACAAUCAGAUUAUCCCUUGCCAUAAUUUUUUAAAGAGCAUUCUUCGUCUCGACAAAACGGUUGUUUCUGCAUGCAAGCGCUCACCCCGGAUUUUGCUUGAGAAUGUGAAAAAGAAUAUCGUUCCAAAAAUCACAGCCUUGCAAGAAAUCGGAGUGCCUCAAUCCUCUGUUGUGUUUUUGAUAAAACAUUAUCCCUAUGUAGUGCAGCUAAAGAACGAUAAGUUUCACGAAAUUGUGAAGGAGGUUAUGGAAAGCGGAUUCGACCCUCUGAAAAUGGUAUUCAUUACCGCAAUCCAAGUGUUUGCUGGAAUGAGUAAAUCAACUUGGGAACAGAAAAUGGAGGUUUACAGGAGGUGGGGUUUGACCAAUCAUGAGAUUAUGUUGUUGUUUAGAGGUUUUCCCCUAUGUAUGAGUUUAUCUGAGAAUAAAAUAAUGAGCACAGUGGAUUUCCUGGUUAAUAAGAUGGGUUGGAAGCUUAGCGCAAUCAUCAGAGUUCCAAUCACUCUGGGUUACAGUUUGGAGAAGAGGAUCAUUCCGAGGUGUUCGGUUGGGAAAGUUCUGAUAUUGAAGGGGUUAGUAAAGAAGGAUCUGAGUUUAGGUGCUUUUCUGAAGCUCACUGAGAAGAAAUUUUUUGAUAGGUUUGUGAUCAAAUAUCAGAACCACAUUCCUCAGUUGUUAAAUCUAUAUAAGGGUGAAGUGGGGGUUCUAGAACUAGGCUUUGCAUCAGAGGAGAUAUGUGGAAUCAAACAGUUGUAGGAUAGCACAUCAACCUUCCUUUCUUUUCUGUGUUUGGCUGUUGUGUUGUUAUGUUUCCUCAGAUUCAAUUCCAUUUUCAUUUGUUGUGAGCAAAGACAAUAUAUUUGCUUCUACCAGCUUCAGCUGGGGGUCCUUUGAUUUAACAGUU